AUGUCAAACUGCAGCAGAACUUUAGACGAUGUGAGGACCCUCAUUCAGUCCAAGGAUCGCUCAAGCUCAGAGCAGACAAUGAAGUUCUACGACAAGUGGGCAGAGACGUACCAACAGGAUGUAGAGAUGAUUCAAUACAAAGCGCCAAAAAUGGUGGUCAAUCUCCUGAAUGCCAACUUCACUGGGAGUCAUGAGGAGGCUCUGGUUCUGGAUGUCGCCUGUGGGUCUGGACUGGUCGCUAAGCUGAUGUCUGAACUGGGCUUCAGGCACUUUGUGGGAGUGGACUGCAGUGAAGCCAUGCUGAAAGAAGCUGAUAAGACCGGCCUCUACCGGGAGCUCAAACAGGCCUUGCUGGGAACAGACAAACUGCCUGCACAGAAUGAUAUGUUUGAUGUUGUUAUGAUCGUUGGUGCUUUACUCGAAACUUAUGUGCCGGUCAGUGUUGUCAGGGAGCUCUGCCACGCCGCCAAACCAGGAGGUUAUGUUUGCAUGUCAAGUGUGGACCAUGAGACAGUGUCUGGACACGAAUACACUAUGUCUUUGGAGAGAGAAAUGAAGCUGAUGGAGGGGGAAGGACUGUGGACUCCUGUGGACACCAAAGAGAUGGACAAAUGGCUGAUGGACCCUUUCAGUGGUGAUGAAAACAAGCAGAAUGAGAAAUACCUCAGUGGAACCAUGUACCUGUACAGGAAGUCUGUUAUUUAG